UAGAUACCGUGGGAUGGAAAUGCUGAAAUAACGCAAAAUAUAAUAAAUGGGAUGGAUUAACAUGUUUACAUUGAAAUUGAAUUCGGAUAAAGCAGCUUUUUCAUUUCAUUAGAUUAGAUAAGAUGCUUUGGUUCAUCGUUAUAGCAUGGUUUCUUUUUCUGAAGACGGAAACCGUGUUAAUACAAGAAGAUCUUCCACCGGCGAUGAUAGAAUGUCUGAAAACUUUUGACGACCGAAUCACUACUCAACAAGUUUCUGUACACAAAUUCUGCUGGGAUUUUUUCAACUGGGAGAAUAGUUCCAACUACACAAAUACAAUAAGCCCUAAAAUCUAUGAAUAUGUCUACAGACUUUUGUCACCAUUUUUUCCCAUGAAACCACUAGGAAUCACUAAGAGUGUUAGAAAGGAAUAUCGACGGUUAUCUGACAAAGAAAGAGAAGACUUUCAUAAAGCUGUUCAGAUGCUAAAACUAGAUACUAGUGUUCCACCAAACAAAUACGACGCAUUGGCCGACCUCCAUACCUUUGCAGUAUCCCCUUCAGCUCACAAGGGGCCUAGUUUUCCAGGCUGGCACAGGAUAUUCCUAGUUUUAUUUGAAAUGGCUAUAAAAGAAAUGGUCCCUGGAGUUAUCCUGCCGUAUUGGGAUUCAACUCUUGAUAGUAACAUGAUGAUCCCUGAACAAUCAGUUAUGUUUUCUGAACAUUUUGCCGGAAAUAAUAAGGGAUAUGUUACCACUGGUCCAUAUCGAGAUUUUAUUGGACCAAAUACUGGACCACUUUACAGAAAUAUGAGCGGAAGUGGUAAAGCGAUAUCUACAGAGUAUGCAGGGAAUAUAUUAAGUCAGAAUCGAACAAAAGACAUUACUUAUCCAACUGCAGAUGAUGCUAAUUGUUUAGAAGAAGCACAUAACGAUGUCCAUGACUGGAUUGGAGGACAAAUGGGACAGAUUGAUACAUCUGCAGACGAUCCGUUAUUUUACGUUCACCACGCCUUUAUUGAUUAUCUUUGGUCCCUUUUUAGGAUGGCACAAAAAGAUAAGGGAAUAAACCCCGAGUUUGAUUAUCCUAGGACUGCCUACGGAGAACAUCAUCCGUUAAUUGAUAUGAAACCAUUUGGAUAUUUUAGAAAUAUACAUGGCUACUCGGAUUACUGGACAGAUCAUGUUUAUAGUUACGAAUAUUCGCCUUUUUGUACUCCAGAUCAACCUACGUGCAAAUCGAAAUGGCUGAUAUGCGAUACGACAAAUUGGCGGUGCAUUUCUCAACAUAUGCCUUUCCAAGCUGAUAUAGAGAAAUCUAUUCCACAUGAUUUUGUAAUUAAUGGGAAACAAAACCUAGACUUGUGGUGUUUUGUGACUGUAAAUGUGUACUAUGGAACCUUUGCUGACCAUUUACAUCCAAUUUAUCAUGUACCUGAUAUGCUAGAAUUUGGACAUCUUAAUGAAAAACAACUAAGACAUCACGAGUGCCAACAGAAAGACCAGAAUAAAAUUGAUAUCUAUGUUGGAUCAGACGGUGUAUCAUACAGUGGUCAAUAUUUAGACUUUGUUGUUAUGAAUAAAAACAAUCCAUUUGCAACUUCGAGGCUUAACAUUGCCAUAUCGAAUAUAGAUAAUUCAUCAUCGUAUAUGUCAGCGCACGAUUCUUGCGGACGACUUUGUUCUCCCUUAUGUCUGGUUGUCGGAUCCAAGCCACCAGAAUAUAAACCAUGUACUGGAAUGUUAUUGCACAGAAAUAGUUUGCCAGAUUAUUGCAAAAAAGUAACUUUGGAAAACCCACUUGUAAACGACAAGUCUUUACCACUUAUAAAAUUUUAUUGCGACAAAUUUGGAGCCAUUCUAAAUGGGCAAAAUACAAAUAUCGAUAUUCCAUUAUUAAUUAAUCCACACAAGUCUUAAUUAUAUCUUUUAUUGUUCCGCAACAUGUAUUAUGAAGAUCAUUCAGAAAUAUGUCAUAAUAGCUUCACAAUGCUCUUCGACGUCAUACUAUAUUUGGGAUUUUUAACCUUUUGAUUCAAGUUUCACUCAUGACUCUUUUGUAGACGAAACGCGCGUCUGGCGUACACAAUUUUAAUCCUGGUAUCUACGAUAAGUUUAUUUAAUUCUGGUGAUAAGUUGUAUCUUUAGUAUACUUACACCAGUCUAUUGUUGAAGGCUUUAAUAUGCAAGUUUUGUUUUGUGUAGUUAUUAGAGUUUUCUGAUAUUUUUAUUGAUUUAUUUUAAGAUUCGAAAUUUAGACUUUUGUACGUCAUAAAAAGUAUGAUAUAAUUUCCGUACGCAAUACACAAGUUGAUGGAUUUAUCUUUAUCAAAUACGCUUGACACCAGAAGUUUGGAAAAACAAAAAUAUAAAAGGUUA